CGAGGGCGGCGCCCCAGACAAGGGGGCGCGCACGUUACACGUGCAGCAGCGGCCCUGGCAUUGAUCCGGCGGGGCAACUGCUCACGUGGCGAAGGCCGGGAGCUGCGACUCACGCCGGAGCUGCGAGCUGCGUGCGACUGCGCACUAUAGAUAGUAAUCUGCGAGGGUCUGUGCGUCGAGCAGGGGAGGGAGAGAGGUCGUACAGGACGUAGGGCAGGAUGUGCAGCGCGAAGGGACAGCAGAAAUGGCGCUGGAGUGAGUUGCCGGAAUGUGAGCCGAACGAGAUGUCGGGUGGUGGCAGUACCGCGUGGGAAUGGUCACACUGAUCGAGAUGCGCAGUCGAUGUAGGAGGAGUGCUGCGGGCGAAGCCAGCUCGCAACCUGCCCUCUCAAAUUCUCGACGCGGGCUCUCCUUCCUGCACUCUACUUCUCUCAGACGUCCACCAUGAGCGCCAUCGACCCGCCGCGCACGUCCAGGAAGGGCAAAGAACGCGAGGUCCCCGCCCCCCGCGACGGCCAGAAAGAAAUACAAGUCACCGAUAUUGACAAGCGCCUCCUCGCCUUCCAGAGGCGCACUGCAGGGCCGAUACGCAAAGAGCGUGCGGACCGGGCAGAGCGCCCCGCUGCGCCCGCGCGUGCCGACAGGUCCGACAAGUCCCCCAAAUUACCAUCCUCCUCCUCGCAGAAGGCUCCCCCGACCACGUCGCCACGCCGCCAUCAUCAGGCGCCGAACGUCGUCGUGCAACCUCCCGAAGCUGACCCGGACGACUUCUCCCGUCGUCUCAAGAUCACAUCCUCCCCCAGCCCCGGUCCCGGGCGCGUGUCUACCGCGCACAACCACAGUCCAAAGCUCUUCAACCCCGACCGGGAUCCCAUUCCUAUCCGGCGCACUGCAGAGCCCGACACUCUUUCGGAUUCUAGUAGCUCUUACGUCCCGCGUGGUCCGCAGCAUCGCGGCCACAAUCGCGACGCAGGUGCACGCCAGCUCUUCGACCACAAGAAGGACAAUCCCAUCCUCUUCUCCGUCCUCGCGCGUCCGCCCGGCAGCAAAGUCCCGACGCCCCAAUCGUCGAUGGACCAUUUCUCCGCCUCCUCGGCAUCCUCCUACGCCCCUUCCAUCUCCUCAUCCUUCACCCUAUCGUCUACCACCGACGGUUCUUCGAAUUCUUCCGCCCUUUUCGAUGGUAAGAGUGGUCAUCGUGACGACUCCAGCAACAACCAGUUCGGUGCUCAGCUUAAGCGCCUCUAUCGCAACAUCACCGACCUCGAGGCGAAGGUGAAACAAGAUGAGAUGGAAGAUGCGACGGAGAGCAACAGUCGUAUACGCCUGAAAGGCAAGGAUGCUGCCUCGAGCGAAGACGCUGAGCAUGAGAAGUGGCGUCGGCAGAUUGCUGAUCACAAGCGACUCAUCGACAGGAUGCACGACAUGCUCCAAUUGACGCUCAAUCCCAACGUCCCUGCAUCUCUGCGCAACAUACCCAAGAAAUACAACCUCAUCGCGCGCCUUUGGAUGUUCGGCUUUCACCGUCUCUUGGAGAACUUACGUGCCGCCUCGUUACGUUCGCCCGUGGCCAUGGAACACCUGCAAGACUUCAUCCUUUUCGCCUAUACGUACUACACCGGACUCUACGAGGAAACGACCGUUGAGGCUUUCCGCAGCGAGUGGCUUGAGGCCCUCGGCGACAUUGCACGAUAUCGCAUGGCAGUCGCCGCCAUGGUUAACCGCAGCACGGGCAGCACGCCCGCGGCCUUGACCUCGGCAGCACUAUCCGAAGCGUCGAAAACUUCUCCGGACGGCACUCUCGCACCUCCUCCAGCGGCACACGCCAAGUCCGUCAGUGACGCGCCCGCUGCGCGCAUCGACGACUCACCGUCACCGAGCAUCGGUGUCGCUGCCGCACGUCUGCUCGAGCUCGAGCCGGAGAAGGAGCGGUGGCGGAUGAUUGCGCGCGAGUGGUACGCACUCGGCUUGUCCGAGCAACCGGGCAAUGGCAAGUUGCACCACCAUUUGGGUCUCCUGAGCCGCGAGGCGGAAGGGGAGGAACUGCGCAGCAUGUACCAUUUUAUCAAGAGUCUGUGCGCCCUCCACCCGUUCUCCACGACGCGCGAGUCGAUUCUUCAGGUCUGGAGCCCGCAGGCGCAAGCGCGCCGUGCGCAGCCCGAUGCGCGCGUCCCGGAUUUGUUCGUCCUGGUCCACGGCAUGCUUUUCACCAACAUCCAAAUGGACGACUUCCAGCCUUCGCUCGCCCGCCUACUCGAGAGGCUGACCAUCGACGGCGCCGAGGAGCGCGAAUGGAUCAUGAUGGCCAUCUCCAACAUUGGCGCCCUUCUCGAGUAUGGCAAGCCGACCGGUCUUCUCCGCAAAGCAGGCGCUGUGCGAACUCGUGAAGCUGUCGGUGCUGGCAUGAGCGCGGCAUCAGUUCGUCUUGCGAAGCGUGCCGCUGAGGAGGAUCGGAUGGAAGUCGACGACGAGCAGACGUCGCCUAACCUUACGGAGGCCGAUGUCGCGCAGGAGCUCCCCAUGGCAUUCUCCUAUGCCGUACAGCUCACCUUCUCCAUGCUUUCCGUUGUCCUUCGCCAGCCCAUCCGCAAGCCGACGAUGUUCGCCAGGAAGUCCCUCAACCCCUACCUGUCCAUCAUCCUCACCUUCUUACCCACCAUGCUCCGGAACGACAAAGCGCAGCAGCUUCUCGAGCGCCACAUACCGUGGACCGAGCUCGCUGCGUUCUUCCAGACUGUGCCUCGCAGUGUCAUGGAGGCGCAACAUCUGCUGGCGCGCGCUGAACCGGCGGAGCCUCACUGGACACUCCUGACAAGCGGCUGUGCGCCGCCCCUCGCCGAGGACUGGUGCCUCCGUGGUAUGGAGUGGGUUGCGCGCAAGGUCUGGGAGCGCGGCUACUGGAAGAGCGGCGAGGAUCGCCGCCCCGAGCUCGAGAUUCUGGAUGCGCAGGAGGCGGAGGCGGCACUCGAGGAUGGUCGCAUCGAGGAUGACGAGGAGGCCGCCGGCCAUCAGAAGGCGGACGGCCAGCGGUGGACGCGCGUCAUCCGUGGUGCUGUCGAGCUCUCGAAACAGAUUCGGGGGCUGACGUGGGUGCGGGGGACGAGGGAGUGGAGGAUAGAGGGUGAGCUCGCGGAGAAGACGGCAAGGUGGCGCGAGGAGGAACGCCUGGAGAGGGAGGCGGAGGCGCGUCGUUUGGCCGGUGCGAGGUGGAACGACGACUCGAUGGAGGUGGACGACGAGGGUAGCGACGAGUUCUCGGAGGAGACGGAUGACGAGUCCGAGUCCGAGCAGGUGAAGGAGCUCAAGGCUCGCCGCAAGCAGCUGGAGAGCAUUCUGUCUGCACGCCACCACCCUUGCGCUCAGCCAUCAAGACCCCGUCCUCGCCGUGGACAGACGGCGCGUCAACCCCUCAAGAUCGCUCCGGGAUACACCGUCCUUGUCGUCGACACCAACAUUCUCCUGUCGACCCUGGCGGGCUUCCGCGCCCUCGUCGAGUCUCACAAGUGGACGAUCGUCGUGCCGCUCCCCGUCAUCAUGGAGCUCGAUGGCAUGGUCUCCGGAGGAUCUGAGCUCGCUGGCCCUGCGUCGGAGGCCGUCGAGUACAUCGCGUCGACCGUUCGCGUCCACGGCGUCUCGCUCAAGGUGCAGACGACGCGCGGCAAUUACCUCGCUACCCUCAGCAUCAGGACGGAGGAGGUCGACUUCGCUGGCGCCGAGCGCAGUAUGGACGACCUUAUCCUCAAGGCGGCGCUUUGGCACCAAGCGCAUUGGGCCGACAGGUCAGCCUUCCUCCAAGGCAGCCAGGUCGAGGACGCACAGGCGGAGAAGGUUGUGCUCGUUACGCUGGAUCGUAAUCUGCGUCUCAAAGCUCGCUCGAGAGAGCUUCCUGCGGCAAGCGAGCGCGACCUCGCGGGGAUCCUCGCCGCAGCGACAUGAGGUCAAUGACGAUGAACCUCCACGUCUCUGCAUCGUGCCACAGGGCACGACAUCGCCGCCAUCGCCGGCGCGCAAUCAUGGGCGGCGCGUGUGGGAGCGGGAGACAGACGCGUCUACAGGCAUCUCCCCCUCGCGGCCGGCAUACUAGAGCUUUGGGACGCACGCCUAACCCCGUUCCCCUUCGCGUGCGUGCGUCCCGGUCUGCGCGCUGCUGUGCACUCGCCCGCCGCCGUCGUUGCGCACGACGGACCAGCAUACCCCCCACCCCGCCUCCCCUCCAGUCUUGCAUACCCUCCGGUCUCACGUUUAUACCUCGAAAGCGAAAGCGAAACUAACACGCCACGGACGGGAUCUCUGCGUACCUAGAAGGACGAUGGGUGCGGCGUGGGGUUGGACCGCUUCCGGUCCCUUCCCUGCGGCGCGCGUCAUGGACUGUCUUGUCUGGUUCUUUGCUCUAUUUACACACGAUCUGCAUUGCACUGUCCCUUCCCCCUGGCUUAUCAUCAUCUCGAUGCACACACCAUCCUUUGACUUUUGAUUGACUAUUACUUAUUGGCUGCCUGUUGUAUCGCUCGUCGUUCGUUUAGUUCUUGUAUUCAUUGUGUAAUAUCUAAGGCUUGAAAUGGGAGAUAAUGCGGGUGACGUGGAUGCAGA